CUGCAGCUUCUAGGACCCAGUUUCUUUUACUGAUUUAAAAACAAAACAAAAAAAAAAUAAAAAAGUUGUGCCUGAAAUGAAUCUUGUUUUUUUUAAUAAGUAGCUGCCUGGUUACUGUGUCCUGUAAAAUACAGGCACUUAACCCUUGGUGUAGCUUCUGUUCGAAUUUAUAUCACGGGAGCAGAUGGUUCUGAUUUCCUGGCCCUCAUCUUGAAUUGGCCAUAUACAGGGUCCCUGGCCAGCGUUCUGAAGGCUUUGUCUAAGACGACAAGGGUCAGCUCAGGGGAUGUGGGGGAGGGCGCUUUUAUCUUCCCCCUUGUCGUUUGAGGUUUUCAUCUCUGGGUAAAGAGGCCGUUUAUCUUUGUAAACACACAACAUUUUUGCUUUCUCCAGUUUUAUGUUAAUGGCGAAAGAAUGGAAGCGAAUAAAGUUUUACUGAUUUUUGAGACACUAGCACCUAGCGCUUUCCUUAUUGAACCGGCCCGCGGGGGGCGGGGCGGGGCGGGGCGGGGCGGGGCGCGGCCUGCUGCGUGACUCCCGGGUCGGAGGCCCACGUGGCCGGGGCGGGGACUCGGGCGCCCGGGGCGCCGACUGAUGGCGUAGCGGGCGGGGCCGGAAGUGCCGCUCCCGGGUGGGGGCUGUUCAUGGCGGUUCCGGGGUCGCCAGCAUUUUUCCCGCCUGUGGUCCGAAACUGUCCGGAGCGGAGGCCGCGGAGCUGGAGGUUCUCGCCGGUGUGAAAUGACCGAGUACAAACUGGUGGUGGUUGGAGCAGGCGGUGUUGGGAAGAGCGCCCUGACUAUCCAGCUAAUCCAGAACCACUUUGUGGACGAAUAUGAUCCCACCAUCGAGGAUUCUUACCGAAAGCAGGUGGUUAUAGAUGGUGAAACCUGUCUGUUGGACAUACUGGAUACAGCUGGACAAGAAGAGUACAGUGCCAUGAGAGACCAAUACAUGAGGACAGGCGAAGGCUUCCUCUGUGUAUUUGCCAUCAAUAAUAGCAAGUCAUUUGCAGAUAUUAACCUCUACAGGGAGCAGAUCAAGCGAGUAAAAGACUCAGAUGAUGUACCCAUGGUGCUGGUAGGAAACAAGUGUGAUUUGCCAACAAGGACAGUUGAUACAAAACAAGCCCACGAACUAGCCAAGAGUUACGGGAUUCCAUUCAUUGAAACCUCAGCCAAGACCAGACAGGGCGUCGAAGAUGCCUUUUACACACUGGUAAGAGAAAUACGUCAGUACCGAGUCAAAAAACUCAACAGCAGUGAUGACGGCACUCAAGGUUGUAUGGGGUUGCCGUGUGUGGUGAUGUAACAAGAUACUUUUAAAGUUCUGUCAUCAGAAAAGAGCCACUUUCAAGCUGCACUGACACCCUGGUCCUGGCAUUCCUGGAGGAGAAGUAUUCCUGUUGCUAUCUUCAGUCUUGCAGAGAAGCUUCUGCUACUUCCCAGCUCUCAGUACAUCAGUACAAUGUUCUCUGUUGGAGAAGUUCUCAGAGUAACUACCUCCUCACUUGGGUGUCUGACCAGAGAAAUGCACUCUUGCUCCUCCCUGGUAUUUUUCUGCCCUGGGUCCUUCCCACACACACCUCUGCCACCCCAUGUUUUUCAUUUGAAAAGCAAUUCGUGCUCUGAAACAGAGAACUGGAUUUCAUGUAAACAUGAAAUUCUAUUAAAAACAGUAUCUUGAGCUCUAAAGUAGCAACUGCUGAUGAUUUUUUUUUUUUUUUUACUGUUGAACGUACAACUAUGAGAAGUGUCAAAAAUUACUGUUUUGCCGAGAAUAUCAUCAAUGUCGCUGUUUGGUUUUUUUGUAAUGUUAUCACCUCUAUUCUAUAAACUGGCAUCUGCUCUGUAUUCAUAAAUACAAAAGUGAAUACUGACUUUGGAGUCUAUCCUAGUCUUUUUGACUUCCCUGUAAUUAAAUCCAGCUUUCACAAUGAAGUGCCUUUUUCCUAGAAGUGGUUUGUAGACUUACUUUACAGUACUUCAGUUGAAUAGAUGUCUCAAAAAUCAUUUUGCAUGAAAAUGAAUGUCUGAGAUAUGUCUAUGACUUGCCUGCCUUUGAGGGAAAGCUAUACCUGUUGAUAGCAGAUGCCAUUUCAUACAUGUAUGAAGUUGGUUUUCCAGAGGCUUAUCUUUGGUCUUUCCCAGGAGAAAAAAGAAACUGAAAACAUGAAUUUCACUUAAUUUUUACUUAACCUCCAUUUCUUUUGUAGGUUACUACCUAUACAAUGUAUGUAAUCUGUUUCCUCUAGCGUACUGAUAACCUAAUGUUUCAUGAACUUCCAUUUGUAUUCAAAUUUGGGUCAUACUAGAAAACUCUACAUGUGUAAGUGUUCAAAUACUGUAAAAAUCUGAUGUGGUGUUAUUUAGUAGCUGUGAUCAUUGAUUUUCAAACCUCAAAUAUAGUAUAUUAGCAGACAAAUUACAUUUUCGCUGUAUAUCAUGGUAUCCUAAUGAUGUAUAUAUAAUUACCCUCACCUCACAGCAAUAGGGAGUAAAGCAUGGUGCUAAUGGAACAGGGUCACAGUUUUCAAACUUGAACAAGCCAGUUAGCAUCACAGAGAGAGAAAUCCUUCUACAUUUGCUCAUUGCACCAGUAACCCCAGCUGGUAAUUUUGCUGGGUGCUGCUGUUAGCCCGGCAAUGAAAAAAGAGGUCGGCACGAGCCCUUAUACUGUGACUGGAAAAGCUUGGUAUCGUGAGGGAGGUCAGCUCGGAAGUCUUUAUAAAGUGUUUAAACCCUAUUUUUAAAGCCACAUGGAAAUUCUAAAUUAAACCAAUAUAUUUUUCUCUUUUUUUAAGAAUGAGGAUGCCACAGGCAAAAAAUGUUUUAAGUUUCUUUUACUUAAUGUUCUUGAACGGGUUUGAAUCAAGAUGUUGAUAAAUCCGUCUAAGCUGAAGAGUUUGUUCAAAACAAGAAGUAGUCUUUGGACUACUAGAGACACAAAUGGGAAAUAUAAUGAAUGGAUAGUUAUGAGGAUUUGGAAGCUCGGCAUUUCCAUUUGCAGAUAAUACCCUAGUAAUUCUAAUGAGAAAUAGACUUGGGUAACUUUCGAUAAAAGACUAAUUCCAAAGUGGCCACUUUCUGUUCUGGUCUUCUAAUGUCUAAAUAUUUACUGAGGUCCUCCAUCUUCUAAUACAAAUUUUCAUUUAUUAAGGCAACUCCAAAUUACAUUGAAAAGAACUCAGAAGAAAGGAGGGAACAUACGCCGUGCCCAGAGAAUAGUAAGCCCGGCGGAGUUGUGCUCCCUAGUGCUCAUCUGAGAGCUGGCCGGUACUGUCAUCUGUAAGCAGACAUUCUGCUGCUUCGUUUCCGCUCUGUUUGGAGCAACAAUUGCUCUAUGAUUUUUCUGGAGCUAGAUUGAUUCUUUUUUUAAGUGUCCGUGACUGGCAGUGUGACUCUUUCUAAAAAGCAUUAAAUUUAACGUCAAAUUAGGGAGAAAGAUCGUUACUCGUCUUGGGCUCUUGUGCCAAUAGCUCCUGUGUGUAUGUACCCUCUAGUUUUCUCACGUAUGUUCUAGCACAGAUGUAUCUGGGGCCAAAAUUAAGAAGUUACACUUAGGGAUGAAUUUUGGCACAAUAGAAUGACAAACUUCUAAUUAAGAGCCGAAUAACUUCAGGGUGGCAUAAAGUGUGGUUUUUAGAAUAUGUUUGUGAUUGCUGAGAAUAAUUCUCGUUUACCUCAAAAUCUGAAAGUCUCAUUCCCCAAGUUAAGUGCCUGGUCAGCUGUCAUAAAGUACAUAUUUCUUUGUGUUUGUUUUUUUAAAAGGUCGCAUGUUCAAGAGUGAAAAUAAGAUGUUCUGUCUAAAGGCUCUUGUGCCUAACUAAUCUGUAAAUGAAUCUGUUAAAUGCUGUAUUUGCUCCAACAGCUUCCUAUAAAAUGUUAUUUGGUAAUACAGUAUCACACUUAUGACAGUUUUUGUUUUAAGAGUAUAUUAGGUAAAAUUAAUCUCAACUUCCUUUUAGUGGGUCCCGUGUUCAGUCCUUCAUCAUCCUUUAAACUGCUGUGAAUUUUUUUUGUCAUGACUUGAAAGCAAGGAUAGAGAAACACUUUAAAGAGAUUUUUUUUUUUCCCAUUCCAGAAUUUGUGAGCAUAAUCAUUUUGCUUGAUAUUUACAGUCAUGAACUCUUAAGCUGGCAGCUACAGCCAAGAACCAAAAAAUGGUGCAUUCUGCUUCUUGUAAUUCAUCUCUAACAAAUUAUUAAGAAGCAAUGAUAAUUAAUUAGGGGAAAUGUUUCAUUUGGAUGGUUUCUGUAAACAAGGGACUAUAAUUCUUGUACAUUAUUUUUCAUCUUUGCUGUUUCUUUCAGCAGUCUAAUGUGCCACAACAUUAUUUUAAGGUGUUUGUUUUCUAUAAGAAUUGUUUAAAAAGUACUCUUGUUAUCAGAGUAGUUGUAUUAUAUUUCAAAAUGUAAGAUGAUGUUUAAAAGCCUGAGUACUGACCUGAGAUGCAAAUGUAUGUGCUCUAGAGGGAGGGAGAGGGCGUCAGUGGAGGUUGUAUGACUUUUAUAUUUCUGUGCCACCAGAUAUAGGUUAAAAUAUCAGUUGUGCAAUUCUGCUGUUUAAAUGGGAACUAUUGGCCUCUGUGGCCCUAAAUGAAAGGGCUGAUAUUUUAAGUUGAUUAUUUUAUUGUAAAUUAAUCCAGCCUAAUUUUUUAACAUUUGGUUGAAUGUCUUUCUUGUUAAAUGAUGUUUAAAAAAUAAAACUGGAAGUUCUUGGCUUAGUCAUAA